AUGGAAAACUAUAUAAUUGCCAUAUUGGUCAUUGUUUUAGUUGGAUUAUUUAUUAAAAACAUCUUGUUUGCCCCAUUGAGCACCCAUGAUCCUUUGAGCAACGUUCAACAGACAGCCAAUGCUGCGAAAGAAGAUGAGCCCAUCGUGGAGGGAAGAUUCACUCCAAAAUCUUUGUACAAGUUCAACGGGUUUGAUACUGAAAAUAUUUAUAUUGCCGUGAAGCGAAAUGUCUACGAUGUUUCCAAAGCCAGACAGUUUUAUGGACCCAGCGGACCUUACUCCAAUUUUGCUGGCCAUGAUGCCUCCAGAGGUUUGGCGAAAAAUUCAUUUGAGAUGGACGUCAUUCGAUCAUAUGGGGAACCAAUUGAUGACCUGGCUGAUUUGACUCCUGAGGAGUUGGAAUCGUUGAAUGGCUGGGAAUCUACUUUCAAGAGCAAGUAUCCAGUAGUCGGGGUUCUGGUAGAUGAGUGA